CCGCCUCCCGCGCACACACGGCCAUGGCGGAGGCCUCCUCCCUGGAGAGGCAGAGUCCUCGUGUGGCCUCCUGCCUUACUCACAGCCUGUGUCCCAGGGAAUCCAGCUUGCAGACUACGGCAGUGGUGUCCAUGGGCUCUGCAGACCAUCAGUUCAGCCUUACAGAGAUCCUGUCGCAGAACUACAACCUCCGGGAGGGCUGUGCAGAGGCCUCAAGGUGCCCUGACAAGCCCGACGAGGAACUGGACAAGGACUUCAUCUCCCAGAGCAGUGACAUGCCCCUCGACGAGCUGCUUGCCCUCUAUGGCUACGAAGAGUCAGAUCCCAUAUCAGAGCAGGAGAGCGAGGGCGGCGAUGCGGCCCCCAACCUCCCGGACAUGACCCUGGACAAGGACCAGAUUGCAAAGGAUUUGCUUUCAGGGGAAGAAGAGGAGACACAGUCUUCAGCAGACGACCUCACUCCAUCUGUCACCUCCCACGAGGCCUCCAACCUCUUCCCUAACCAGAGUGGGUCCCGCUUCCUGGCUGACGAAGACAAAGAGCCCUGCUCCUUUCCCUCCUCUGACACUGAGGAGGACUCUCUUCCUGCCAACAAGUGUAAGAAGGAGAUCAUGGUGGGGCCUCAGUUCCAAGCUGACCUUAGCAGCCUGCACCUGAACCGACAUAGCGAGAAGAUCUACGAGAAUGAAGACCAGCUGCUCUGGGUCCCCAAUGUCCUCCCAGAGAGGGAGGUGGAGGAGUUUCUGUACAGAGCUGUGAAGCGGCGGUGGCACGAGAUGGCGGGCCCUCAGCUCCCGGAGGGCGAGCCUGUGAAAGAUAGUGAGCAGGCACUAUACGAGCUGGUGAAGUGCAAUUUCAAUGUGGAGGAGGCACUGCGAAGGUUGAGGUUCAACGUGAAGGUGAUCCGAGAUGGGCUCUGUGCUUGGAGUGAGGAGGAGCGCAGGAACUUCGAGCAUGGCUUCCGUGUCCAUGGCAAGAACUUCCACCUGAUCCAGGCCAACAAGGUGCGCACACGGUCAGUGGGAGAGUGCGUGGAGUACUACUACCUGUGGAAGAAGUCUGAACGCUACGACUACUUUGCCCAGCAGACAAGGCUGGGCCGGAGGAAGCUUGUUCCGCCUGGAACCACGGAUGCUGACCAGGACCUGGAAGGCCUUGACCUUGAUGGCUCUACCCGUACCCGCCCAGAGCAGGAGCCCCUGGCAGGGGUGCGUGCAGAGCCACUGAACGUGGACAGCACAGCUGGUGGUCUUGAGCAGCCUGGAGUGGGCUCUGAUGGCCUCCCCUCCUCGGAGCCAGGGCCCUGCCCAUUCCAGCAGCUGGAUGAACCCUCCACUGUGCCCCUGCCCCAGCGGCCCCCUGCCCUGGCUGACCCAGCUGAGUUCCCAUCAGCCGCAGCUGCUCCGCAGCCAGGUGCCAGCCCAAGGCUGGCCGUGGACUUCACCCUGCCUGAGGAGCUACCGCUUGUGUCUAGCCACGUGGGUCUGAGUGGGGACCCAGAGGAGCCUGUGGCCCCUGCCCAGGUGGCUUUGUCAGUCACUGAGUUUGGACUCAUUGGCAUUGGGGAUGUGAAUCCCUUCCUGGCUGGCCACCCAGCGUGCCCGGCCCCUGCACUGCAUUCGGAGCCCUUGUCACACUGCAAUGUGAUGACCUGUUGAUCCCUGGCUGCAGGCAGGUGUGCGUGGCCCGGACUGGACGUGGCCCUGCCACCAGGCUUGCCUGUUUGUCUUCCUGAUUCUCCCUGACUCGGGCCUUGGGGACACCUUCUCUGCUUCACACAGUGGGACCCAGCAAGUUGGCUAGGCCGCUGACCUCGGCCUCUCACACAGACUGGACCAGGCCCCAGCAUCUGGCACCACCACCCACCCCAGGCUGCCGCCACACCGUGGGACCCAUUGGGCAGCCAGGCGCAAAGAAGGCCUGUCCCUCAGGAUGUAGGGCAGAGCUGGCUGCCUGGCUCCUACCAGCUGGCCGAGGCAAGGGCAGGCAGCGCUGCCCCGGGGGACAGGCAGGACACUACCCCGCACCAGCAGCCUCAGACCGGGCGCCUCAGCAUGGCUGGCAGGGCUGGGCGCUGAGGCUCCGUGCUGGACCUGUGGGCCACAGAGCCAUAUACCUCGCUGCCCAGCGCCCGCCUUCUGCUUCCCGCCCAUCUCCACUUCAGGAAAAGCCGCACUUUACUCCCGCACCUGCCUCCUGCCUCCCUCAUCCUGCCCUGGCCCACAGGUCAGGGGGGGCCCCCAGCAGCCCCUCACGGGGGAGGAGAUGGCGAUGGUGACUCACCCCUUCCUGCCCCUCCCUUGGACCUGAGGGAGUUCCGGUCUGGAAGCGCUGGCCAUCGCCUUUUGAACUCCGGCCGCCAGCCACCCUUGACCCUGUAGGUCUUAUUUCUGUUGGAGACGUCCCAGAACAAAAUGGCUGGGGCUCCUUGUCCUCUUUUUGGCCUUCUUGGUUUUAUUUAUGUUGGUGUUUACAAGUUGGAGUGGGGUCCUGGGGCAGGCAGCUCCCGCCCCCAGGCCGGCAGAGCGGUGCUGUGUUCGAGCCUCUGCAGCUGGACUCGACUCCCUCCCCACCGAGGGCCACACUGUGAAGUGCACCUGCCUUUGCCCGUUGCUGUUUUAUUUAUU